AUGGGGGCCACGCAGAGCUCCUCCCAGCUUCACCUGGUUCGUGAGCCCACCGCUUUACUAUCAACAGACGCUGGGAUCAUUGUGCGCAUCCCGGACGCUGCCACUGGCGCCUCGACUUAUCAACACAACCAACGACUUCUGGCGUGUCCAACAUCGAUCGUUGAAGACGUUCACGAGCGAAAGAGCAGCCAGCAAACACACGUCGCGAUAGUAAAGCCAGGAGAACGAAAUCAAGCGCUGAAGGGAAGCAUUGUGUAUUUGAAGAAGACUUCGAGCAGCUCA